UUGUGCUUUUGAUUUGCAGGUUAUAAACUGUGUACCUAAAAGGAACCGAGCGGUGCAUUGCUGAAGUGCAAUGUCCAUUCGCACUAGUCGCAAGAUGCUGCCAGCCACACCUGAGCGUGUUGGGGGCCGAUGCUUGCCGCCCUUGGAACAUGACAAUCAAGGUGGUCAUGCUUAUGGUCGAGUCUUUCUCGAGUACUCACUCAUGUCUGAAUACUUGCUGCUGAUGAAACAGCAAUUGUCUGGAGUGUAUGUGAUGCCAUCAGCCAGCUCAGCCUUUGUGUGGUUUGGAGUGUUAUUUAUCCGACAAGGCCUCUAUCAGGGUGGUGUGUUUCGGUUCACGCUGCGUAUCCCAGAAAACUACCCCGAUGGAGACUGCCCGGAUUUGGUGUUUGAGUCGCCCAUCUUCCACCCACUGAUUGACCCUGUUACAGGGGAAUUGGAUAUCAAGCGUAGCUUUCUUAAAUGGAGGAAAAACGUGAAUUUCUUAUGGCAAGUUCUGCUCUGUGCACGACGUGCCUUCUACAAGAUUGAGACACAAACGCCUCUGAAUCCUGAGGCGGCCACACUGUACGAGCAGAACUUGGAGCAGUUCAAGCUCAAAGUUGCUGAGAGCCUGGCAAGCUGCGAGCAGCGUCUCUAUGAAAGUCCAGCCACAGAUGACAGUCACGCCUUACACUUCUUACCAUGGGAUUCCACUGUGGAGGAACGCGUGUCUCAGCGGCACAUUCUUGAUAAGGUUCUGGUUGGAACUGCUGAGGAAACGGUGGAGGACUCGCCUAGUAGUGUUGGCUUGACCUGGGUCAAGCGUGGCUGCAUGCAGGUAUUCUCCAAGACUGCAUCCUGACAUCCACCGAAUUGACAUGCUCGUUUCGCUGAACUGCUUGUUUACUGUUGAUGUUUGAUCUUUCCUUGAAAGGCAGUUAUUCAUUUUGA